CAUUCUUCUUCUUCUUCCCCAUCUCUUUCUCUCUCUAAAUUCCACUCCUUCUCUCUAGGGUUUUUCAGAAAUCUUCACCUUGUGGAUGAAAACGGAGUGAAGAGAAGAACCGGGAAAUCGGAAGAAGAUGGGUUCUUCACGGAGGCAGUUGAAGGCAAUGCUUCGCAAGAAUUGGCUCCUCAAAGUCAGACACCCUUUCGUCACCGCUGCUGAGAUUUUGCUCCCGACAAUUGUGAUGUUGUUGUUAAUUGCUGUCAGAACUCGAGUUGAUACCAAAAUUCACCCUGCUCAACCGAACAUACGGAAAGAAAUGUUUGUGGAGGUGGGGAACGGUAUAUCCCCUAAUUUCCAACAAGUUUUGGAGUUAUUGUUGUCCGAGAGACAGUAUUUAGCUUUUGCACCAGAUACUGAGGAAACAAAGAAGAUGAUUAACAUAAUGUCUGUAAAAUUUCCACUGUUGAAGCUGGUUACUAGAAUUUACAAAGAUGAGCUUGAGCUGGAAACGUAUAUCCGGUCAGAGAAUUAUGGCAAAUGUGGUCCUUUCAAGGACUGCCCAAAUCCAAAAAUUAAAGGAGCAGUAGUUUUUCAUCAUCAAGGUCCUCAUGUGUUUGAUUAUAGCAUUCGCCUUAACCAUACAUGGGCUUUCUCAGGAUUUCCUGAUGUCGAAAGUAUCAUGGAUACUAACGGCCCUUUUGUCAAUGACUUGGCAUUGGGUCUUAGUCACGUACCAACAAUGCAGUACAGCUUAAGUGGGUUUUUAACUCUGCAGCAGGUCUUAGAUUCUUUUGUAAUAUUUGCUGCACAACAAAAAGAAGCUGAUGUUGGCAGUGAAGAUAAAGAACUUCAAUCAUUGCACUCAUAUAAUGCAACAGCAUCACUUAAGUUACCUUGGACACAGUUUAGCCCUUCGAAGAUAAGGAUGGUUCCUUUCCCAACUCGAGAGUACACCGAUGAUGAGUUCCAAUCCAUCAUUAAGAAAGUGAUGGGAGUGUUGUAUCUGUUGGGAUUUCUUUAUCCAAUCUCUCGCCUAGUCAGCUAUACUGUGUUUGAGAAGGAGCAGAAGAUCAGAGAAGGCCUUUACAUGAUGGGAUUGGAUGAUGGGAUUUUCCUUCUUUCAUGGUUCAUUACAUAUACUUUCCAGUUUGCAAUUUCUUCUGGGAUCAUUACAAUUUGUACCAUGGAUAACCUUUUCAAGUAUAGUGAUAAGACAGUGGUGUUCAUGUAUUUCCUUGCGUUUGGACUCAGUGCAAUCUUUCUAUCCUUUUUGAUCUCCACAUUUUUCUCAAGAGCAAAAACAGCUGUUGCGGUUGGAACUCUUUCGUUUCUUGGGGCUUUCUUUCCAUACUACACUGUCAAUGAUGAGGCUGUCCCAAUGUUUUUGAAGGUCAUUGCUUCUUUGCUUUCUCCAACAGCUUUUGCCCUUGGGUCAAUUAAUUUUGCUGACUAUGAGCGUGCUCACGUUGGGCUUCGUUGGAGCAACAUAUGGCGUGCGUCAUCUGGAGUGAACUUUUUGGUCUGCCUGUUGAUGAUGUUUUUCGACUCUCUGCUAUAUUGUGCAGUUGGUCUGUACCUGGAUAAGGUCCUUCCCAGGGAAAAUGGGGUGCGUUAUCCUUGGAACUUCAUUUUUCAGAAGUGCUUCUGGAGAAAGAAAACUACUAUAAAACCUCAAAUGUCAAGUUAUGAGAUUAAAAUUAAUGAUAAGCUAUUGAAAAAGAAGACUAUUUUUCCUAAAAAUGAUACUUCUGAACCUGCUCUCGAAGCAAUAAGCUUGGAUAUGAAGCAACUAGAGCUUGAUGGCAGAUGCCUCCAAAUAAGGAAUCUGCACAAGGUUUUUGCUACUAAGAAAGGAAGGUGUUGUGCUGUUAACUCUUUACAGCUCACCUUGUAUGAAAACCAGAUUCUUGCGCUUUUAGGACACAAUGGUGCUGGUAAAAGCACAACCAUAUCGAUGCUUGUUGGCCUUCUUCCUCCAACUUCAGGGGAUGCUCAAGUAUUUGGGAAGAGUAUUCUAACGGGCAUGGAUGAGAUAAGGAAGGGAUUAGGUGUGUGUCCCCAACAUGAUAUUCUUUUUCCAGAAUUGACUGUGAGAGAGCAUUUGGAAAUGUUUGCUAUAUUGAAGGGUGUGGACGAAGAUAUAUUAGAGCGUUCUGUAAUUGAGAUGGUAGAUGAAGUUGGUUUGGCUGAUAAGCUAAACACUGUUGUGAGGUCUCUUUCUGGUGGCAUGAAGAGGAAAUUAUCUCUCGGCAUUGCAUUGAUAGGAAAUAGCAAGGUUAUAAUUCUUGAUGAACCUACUAGUGGAAUGGAUCCAUAUUCAAUGCGUUUGACCUGGCAGUUGAUAAAAAAAAUUAAAAAAGGCAAGAUAAUAUUACUGACAACACACUCAAUGGAUGAAGCUGAUGAACUGGGAGAUCGAAUAGCUAUUAUGGCUAAUGGUUCUUUGAAAUGCUGUGGAAGUUCCCUUUUCUUGAAGCAUCAUUAUGGGGUUGGUUAUACUCUUACUUUAGUGAAGUCUGCACCAUCUGCUUCUGUAGCUGCUGAUAUUGUUUAUCGUCACAUUCCAUUGGCAACAUGUGUGAGUGAGGUUGGAACUGAAAUUUCUUUCAAGCUACCUCUGGCAUCAUCAUCAGCCUUUCAGAAUAUGUUUUUGGAAAUUGAAAGUUGCAUGAGAAGAUCAGUUUCUAACUCAAAAACUACUUGUACUGAGGAUGAGAAUUAUAUUGGCAUUGAAAGUUAUGGGAUAUCUGUGACAACUCUGGAGGAGGUAUUCUUAAGAGUUGCUGGAUCUGAUUUGGAUGAACGUGAAUGUGUUAAGAUGGCAAAUAAUCAUGUUUCAUCUACCUCUAUGCUUUCUCACGCUUCUCAUGAACAAGUUGCCAAAGGAGUUCCCCACUCUAAAUUGCUUGGAAGUUAUAGGAAGGUUACUGGGGGCAUAUGCUGGAUGGUCGGAAGAGUUUGUAGUUUAUUUGUUGCUACAGUACUAAGUUUGAUGCGCUUUUUAAGCAAGCUGUGUGGCAGCUGUUGUAUCAUUUCUAGGUCAAUGUUUUGGCGACAUUCUAAAGCUCUAUUAAUAAAGAGAGCUUUAUCUGCAAGAAGAGACCAGAAAACUAUUGUAUUCCAGCUUCUUAUUCCUGCUGUCUUCUUGUUUAUUGGUCUUCUUUUUCUCGCACUAAAGCCACAUCCUGAUCAGCAGUCUGUGACCUUCACCACCUCAGAAUUUAAUCCUCUUUUAAGUGGUGGAGGAGGCGGAGGUCCAAUUCCUUUUGAUCUAUCCUGGCCCAUUGCAAAAGAGGUGGCAAAUUAUGUUAAAGGAGGGUGGAUCCAAAGCUUUAGACAAAGUACUUAUAGAUUUCCUGAUUCUGAGAGGGCUUUAGCUGAUGCAGUUGAGGUAGCAGGGCCAACACUAGGACCAGUUUUACUUUCAAUGUGUCAAUUUUUGAUGUCUAGCUUUAAUGAAUCAUACCAGUCAAGGUAUGGGGCUAUUGUGAUGGAUGAUCAGUAUGAGGAUGGCAGCUUGGGGUACACUGUACUGCACAACAGUUCUUGUCAGCAUGCUGGUCCAACCUUUAUCAACUUAAUGAAUGCUGCUAUUCUUAGGCUUGCAACACGUAAUCAAAAUAUGACCAUUCGAACACGUAACCAUCCCCUCCCAAUGGCGAAAAGCCAGAGAUUACAGCACCAUGAUCUUGAUGCAUUUUCAGCUGCAAUAAUUAUUAGUAUAGCCUUCUCAUUCGUUCCUGCUUCAUUUGCUGUUUCCAUUGUAAAGGAACGUGAGGUUAAAGCCAAGCACCAACAACUGAUUAGUGGAGUUUCUGUGCUUUCUUAUUGGGCCUCUACCUACAUGUGGGACUUCAUCAGUUUCUUAUUUCCUUCAACUUUUGCCAUAAUUCUCUUCUAUUUGUUUGGUCUUGAUCAAUUUAUUGGAAGAGACUGUUUCUUGCCCACAAUCCUUAUUUUUCUGGGGUAUGGGCUGGCAAUUGCAUCAUCAACAUAUUGCCUUACGUUUUUCUUCUCUGACCACACGUUGGCUCAGAAUGUGGUUCUCUUGGUCCACUUUUUUACUGGGCUCAUUCUCAUGGUUAUCUCGUUUAUUAUGGGGCUUAUAGAGACUACUGCCAGCGUUAACUCCAUUCUUAAGAAUUUCUUCAGAAUAUCACCAGGGUUUUGCUUCGCUGAUGGGCUCGCUUCAUUGGCUCUUCUACGACAAGGAAUGAAAGAUAAAACUAGUCAUGCAACAUUUGACUGGAAUGUUGCUGGUGCUUCCAUAUGUUAUCUUGGAGUUGAGAGCAUUUGUUACUUCCUUCUGACUCUUGGACUGGAAGUCUUUCCUACCUGCAAAUUGACUCCAGUUACAGUUAAGGAAUGGUGGAGACGGAUUAGUAAUCUUUGGGUUGACACCUCACUUGUAGAACCUCUGCUCAAAUCUUCAUCAGAGACUGCUACUGACGAUGAAGAUAUAGAUGUCCAAAGUGAAAGAAACAGGGUACUUUCAGGUUCCAUUGGUAAUGCCAUUCUCUACUUGCGCAAUCUUCGGAAGGUUUAUCCUGGAGGAAAAGAUCACUGCACAAAGGUAGCUGUAGAUUCAUUAACUUUCUCUGUUCAAGCGGGAGAAUGUUUUGGCUUUUUGGGAACAAAUGGAGCUGGGAAGACUACCACGUUGUCAAUGCUAUGUGGAGAAGAGACUCCAACUGAAGGAACUGCUUUCAUUUUUGGCAAAGAUAUAUCUUCAAAUCCCAAGGCUGCCCGUCAUCAUAUUGGGUACUGUCCACAAUUUGAUGCCCUACUGGAACAUCUUACUGUCCAAGAGCAUCUUGAGCUUUAUGCCAGGAUAAAAGGAGUUGCAGAUUACAGAAUUAAUGAUGUUGUUAAGGAAAAGCUGGUGGAGUUUGACUUGUUGAAGCAUGCUGACAAACCUUCAUAUACCCUUAGUGGAGGGAAUAAGCGCAAACUUUCUGUUGCAAUUGCAAUGAUUGGAGAUCCUCCAAUUGUUAUUCUUGACGAGCCAUCCACAGGCAUGGAUCCAAUAGCCAAGAGGUUUAUGUGGGAGGUGAUAUCUCGCUUAUCAACCAGACAAGGAAAAACAGCUGUUAUCCUCACUACCCACAGUAUGAAUGAGGCUCAAGCACUUUGCACUAGGAUUGGAAUAAUGGUUGGAGGCCGGCUAAGAUGCAUUGGGAGUCCUCAGCACUUGAAAACGCGGUUUGGAAAUCAUCUUGAGCUGGAGAUCAAACCUACUGAAGUGAGUUCUGUCGAUAUGGAUAACCUUUGCCGAGUCAUCCGAGAAAGGCUUUUUGACCUUCCUUCCCAUCCAAGAAGUUUGCUUGAUGACCUUGAGGUUUGUAUUGGGGGCAUUGACUCCAUCAUACCAGUGGAAGCAUCAAUAGCAGAGAUUAGCAUGUCAAGAGAGAUGAUAAUCAGUGUUGGCUGCUGGCUUGGGAAUGAAGAAAGAGUAAAGACUCUUACAUCUUCAAGGCCACUUUCAGACGGACAUUUUGGUGAACAGUUGGCAGAGCAGUUAAUGCGAGAUGGUGGCAUACCGUUGCAAGUAUUUUCUGAAUGGUGGUUGGCAAGAGAAAAGUUUUCUGCAAUUGAUUCAUUUAUCUCAUCCUCGUUUCCUGGUACAACAUUCCAUGGGUUUAAUGGAUUGAGUGUUAAAUAUCAGUUGCCAUAUAGGGAGGGCCUCUCACUUGCAGCUAUUUUUGGACGCAUUGAGGGAAACAGAAAUAAACUUGGUAUAGCUGAAUACAGUAUUAGUCAGUCAACUUUGGAAACCAUAUUCAACCAUUUUGCUGCGAACCCGUAACAUAUCAUAAGCCUUUUACUUGUAAUGUUAUGACCCUUAUGUUUUUAUAGGAGGGGUCAUCAUUAUACAUAGCCUUUCAAACUGACCAUUUGUAUAUAUCCAAACCAGUAGAAGCUAGAGCAGAUUGAAAAUGUAAUUUCUGCAUGCCUUUGUCACAAGAUCCUGACUUUCCCUCUCUGGGAAUUAUAAAUGCAAAGUUCUUUUGGAUGUAAGAAAUGCAACCCUUUUAU